GUUUGUCUUAUCGUCGAUUUAGUGCAUUUGGCUUUCGCCUACGCAUAAGGACAGAAAAAUGAGCAGUCAUUCAGGCUAUGAUGUUGCAGUCAUUGGUGCAGGGAUUUCUGGGAUAGCUACAGCAAAAUGCCUGUUGGAUGACAAGUUCAAGAUCAUUGUUUUUGAACAGACUGACCAUAUCGGAGGUCUGUGGCACUUCACAGAGCAUGGAUAUGGAGUAAUGCGAUUCACACAUAUAAAUGUCUCAAAACACAACUACUGUUUCUCUGACUUCCCAUUUCCUGAUGACAUUCCUGAUUAUCCUCAUCACUCGCACAUGGCAGAAUAUAUCAACAGCUAUGCUGAACAUUUUGGUAUCCGAGAUCACAUCAGUUUCAAAACCAAGGUGGCUCGGAUUGAACAACUCCCUGAAGGAUGGAAAAUAAAAUCGGUGAAAGUUGACGAUGCAGGAACGCAUCAAGGCGGUUACAAGGAAACAUUUGUUAAGUUUGUUGCCAUAGCAACUGGGCAUCAUGCCAAACCAAACAUUCCUCAUUUUGAUGGUCAGGAAAGAUUCAGUGGCCAAAUUCUGCAUAGUAUAGACUAUAAAGAUGCAAUCAGUAAUGAGCUCAUGGAAAAGAAAGUUGUGGUUGUAGGUAUUGGUAAUAGUGCUGUAGAUGUUGCAGUAAAUGUAGCAGAAUUGGGAAGGAAAAAACCCGUCUGUAUUUCCACAAGAUCUGGUGCUUGGGUAGUACCCAACUACGUUCAUGGCUACCCUACUGAUCAUUACGCAUGUCGUUUUUUCUUCUGGCUUCCAUGGAGCUUGUCAAAUUUUGUCUUUCAGUUGAUCAUUCAAAGUGUAGUGGGAAGCCCUUGGCGCUGGAAUUUAAACCCCAAAAUGAAAGCUCGUCAAACCCAGCCCACCGUGAGCCCAACGUUGAUUCAUCACAUCCAGCGAAGGAACAUUGAAGUUAAGCCUAAUAUUGCAGCAUUAGAAAGAAACGAUGUUGUUUUUACUGAUGGAACUAAAGCAGCAUCAGAUGUAAUAGUCUGUUGCACUGGGUAUCAUAUUGAUUUGCCAUUUUUAGAUAACAAAAUUAAAGAUCAAGUUUUAGAGGAAAGCAGCAACAGAAUUAAGCUUUUCAAAAAUGUUUUCGCUCCAGAAAUUGGAGCUUCGUUGGCUUUCAUAGGUUUCACGCAGCCAGCUUCUGGUGGUUUACUGUCAGUUUCUGAAAUCCAAGCUCGAUGGUUUUCAGAGCUGUGCAAAGGAAAAACCAAACUUCCAUCGGCAGAGAAAAUGUUCCACAACAUGAAACAAGACCAGCAGAGAAGUGAGAGCACUUACUACGCCUCGGCAAGGCAUACCAUUCAACAAGACCCCAUUCCUUACAUUGACGAGAUUGCGUCUUAUUUCGGUGCAAAGCCGCAGUUGUGGAGACACCCAUCCUUGGCUUGGAAUUUAAUCGUAGGUUCUUGUGGGGCAGCGCAAUGGCGACUACAAGGUCCGCACAAGUGGAACAAGGCGAAAGAAGUUGUGCGUUCUGUUCCCAUCACUCCCCUAAUGCAUUAUGGAACCAUCACUCUGCUGGUGUUGAUAACGAUCAUUGUAACUUUUAUUCUUCUUAAGUUUUGCUAAUCCAGAAACUUAACU